ACAAUCCGAAACAUCAGGUUGAAAGAAGUUCCUCUAACUCAGGAAUUUUCUUAUGUAUUAAUAGCUAAUAAAAAGGAAUUUUAAACCAAAACAAGGAAACGCAAAGAUCUGACAAAAGCAUUAUUAAAAAACAAAAAACGGAGAAAAGAAGAUAAUACCAACAUGGCUGACUUUUAUCAGGAUUCCUGUUUUAUUUAUUUUUCAUAAUAUUAUGGAUGAUCGUGGAUAUUCUUUCGUGCCAAUGUAAAGCAAUGUCUGCUGUUAAAAUAUUACCAGUUUAUAGAGUGCACAGCGCUUUGGACGACAGAAGAAAACGGCACAAUUUUCGAUCAGUUAAGUGUGCAUGGUCGUCAACCAACCAAAUAGCGUUUACAAGUCAUUGCUUAGGAGAUCGGACGGAAUCAUCUAACAAUGAGUUGAAUGAUGAGCACUUUGUUCAAAUAGUAGAUCCAAACAGACCAUGGGAUUUACAAAGCAUAAAAACAGAUCAUGCUGAGGUUAUCUCACACUUGAAAUGGAGUCCAUCAGCAUCUCAUUUUCUCACUGUUGAUUGUACUGGAGUAUUUAAGCUGUGGGGAAUGAAGAAUUGUUUGAUCAAUGAGUGGAAAUGUGAGCAAACAUACAAUAUUGGCGAGAAAAUAGUCUGUGUAUCUUGGAUCGGAACAUCUACAAAGUAUUUGUAUGGUGAAGUUACCAAAGAUUUGGGUCAUUUAAUGUCGAUGGGUGACGCAAGAGGCUUCCCUAGAAACAAAGCGAAACACCCGUUAUCCUACGUCAGAGGAAUGAGCGGUGAUGGUUGGAUCGCUGUGACGGAAGCAGCAAAAGUAUAUUUCUUCGGUAUAAAUGCUGAUCAUUUCCCGCAAGAAACAAUUGAUACUGACUUGCAAGGCGUGCAAGUUGGUGAUAUAGCGUUUUCCAAUGAUGGUCAGAUAAUCUUGGGACUCAGCGAUGGUACCAUUGGGUCAGUGGCAAGAUUUUAUGCAAUCAAAUUAAAUUGUAUGGCGAAAAAUAAAAUCACCAUUAGUUCGUCUGCACUUCAGACACUUUCUCCACACGCUAAUAUAUUGACCACACCCUUCUCUAUAACGCACAUUAAGUUCGUAUUUCAAAAUUCUGGAUCGCACGUUUUGAUUUGCAGUAAAGGGCUCGUGGAGUCGUCUGUUGAACGAUGGCAGUUGACAACUGAAGAACAACAGUUGCACGAGUUGUUUCACAAGCAACAGAUGAAACCAUCACCCAUAAAGAAAUUUCUUCUUGUGCAAUUAAAGAUUUGGGAAUGUGUUUCGGUGAACGUCUUACGUAAAACCAUAGUGGAUAUAGCUGUACCAUGGUUACCACUUGAACCAGAGAAAUCGCAAAAUAUAUCAUAUCCCAGACACAAUAUAAUACUGGGUUUCUCGGAUGGCAAUCUUAUGGCCUUAAAUAGUUUCAACCUACGGCAGGUCGAAGGCGAAUAUAAAGAUUUGGAAAGUUUUACAUCAUCGCCGUUACAUCCAGCGAAACGGCUGAAGACUUCUUACUAUACUCAAACAUGCGCGUUUUUGGCACUUCAUUAUUCGCCUUGUUCGUGUUGCAUUGUGGGUAUCACAGGCAACGGAUCGUUGUAUUUAUUCAAGUGCGAACAGGAUGAAGGUAUAAGCCAUAUUCCAAAUUCUGUUGCUUUUACAAAUUUACUGAAGUAUUGUCUGUUGUCCGACUGGCAGUCGUGGGACAUUUUCAUUGUUCUCAAACACCAACCAAAUGAUAUUUUGGACGCAACUCUUCGUUUAUUUGAGCAAGAGCUGCCUGCCUCGUCUUCUUUGUAUCAAAGUAAAAAAUUUCUUUCAAUAAAAGCCAGUUUAUUGAGCUUAUACCCGGAUUCGCACAAUAAAGCUUCUGACUGUCAUUCGAAGCAGUUUCUUUUGGCGUUGGAGAAUUUUUUCAAAUCCUUAGUUCCCGUCGGAGCUGAGAGAUUAUCAGGAUUUUGUGAGCAACCAACCGAUGUCGAUUUGGCCAUGACGUUGCAAAAUCUCGACCCGAAAGAAUUUGAGGUUGAUGCAGAUGUCUUGGUAACACUGACUCCGUUGAUUCAAUGGCUAGCUGAUUUCGCGUCGAAAUAUGUCGGUGUUCUGUUUGUAAAACAAGGAAACGAUUUACUGCCAGCUGCCAGUCUUCGCUAUGAUAAUCAUUGCAUCCUGUUGCUGAAACAGAUGCUGCUUCUUGUGAUAAUUUGGUCAAAACAGUCAUCACGGAUAUUACCAUAUUGUAUUGGUCCAAUAGAAAAGCAAGACUACAUUGUACAGUUGUUCAAGUUGAUGUCAAAACUUUGGAUGGUGAACCAUCAGAAAUUAGAUGUGGCAGACUUGGAGAAAAACGUAUCAGAGUUGGAAUCCUAUUUCACAAAUCAUCUGAGUUUCCUCUAUCAAUCUAUGAUCGUUUCUUCAACAAACCAAGGUAUUAUUGGCCAGCAGUCAUAUCUUAAUCCGAACGAGCCUGACGUAUACGAGUACGGCCAGAAACCACGUGAGCGUAUGUUGCCGUUGAGACUGCUGACCAGUCAAUACAAUGGAGACGUUGAUGUCGUCAGCAAGUUUCUUCUUGGCAACGACUCUGGCGUUAUUUUACGACGUUGCACGAGGUGCAACGGUUUGUCUCAGUUACCUCAAACGAAAGAAAAGCUCGAGAAUAUUUGGGAACAGAAAUGGACAAAGUUUUGUAUUUGUGGAGGUGCUUGGAAACUAGCUAAGUCAAAUUGAUUUCCUAUAAGAAUGGUCUCGCUUGAACACAAACAUUAGUACAUAGGCAACGGGUAUUUGAAGAGACGUGUUCAAAUGGAAAAAUUCUCACUUAUUUGUUUAUUUAUGUUUCAAAUAAAGUUAUGGUUGUUUAACUUAA